GCCAACCAAACCCAACCACAGAAUUUUUCAAAUAUUUCUCAUUUUCUCAAUCUGCAACCUAUAUCUAUGAAUACGACCCUUGCUGCUUAUAAAUCUAACCAAACCAGACCUUGCCUUUCCACCCAUCAGACCAACAAAUAUCAUAUAUUCUUCAAACCAAAAUUCUAAAAUUAGGAUGGCUGAAAAGCAAAUUGUUGCAGUUCGUAGUCCAAAUGAGGCAAAUUUCGAACCAGCAACCGAAUGGGUAACAAAUGAUGCCUUGGACACUCUCAUGAUCUAUGUACCAGGUUUCAAGAGAGAGAAACUUAGAGUCCAAAUAACUUCAGCUGGGAAGUUGAGGAUUUCUGGUGAACGACAGGGGCCUACCGGUGUCAAUAGCCAAUUCCGGAAAGAAUUCCCCAUCCCACAAAACUGCGACACCGACAAAAUCUCUGCAAACUUCUUCGAAGGCAUUAUUUACGUCAAGUUGCCAAAAACCAAACCUCCUGCUCCUGCUCCUGCUCCUGCGCCUGAUGUCAAAGCACAAGAAAAACCAAAAUCCGCCACAGAAACUACUCCUCCUGCCACUGCUAAGCUUCCAAAGCCCGCAACUACUACUACUGCUGCCGAUCAACAGCUCAAGGAUAAAAAUAAGAUUGCUCAGAAACAGCAAGGCCCUUCUAAAGAACCCAGUAGAGUGCCAACUACUAAGGAUAAAACCGGCGAUGCUACUAUUGCUCAGCAGAAACCUCCAUCUCAAAAGGAGAAGCAGCCAAGCAAAGAAGUUGGAAGCAAUAAAUACGAGGAAAGCAAAGACUUGGACAGCAAGGAAGCUAGAGCAGCAGGCGCAGAUAAUGCUAGAAGUAAUGUUAAUGAAAUAAAGGCAAUGGAGAAGGAGAAGAAUAAGGACGAAAGAGGAAAGACAGUAGUAGUUGGCAAAGAAGGAGAAGCAGGAGGCGUUACUGAUGGUCAGCCUAGGUUAGAAGGUCUGGUGGCCAUUGUGAAGAAGCCAAGGAAAUUGUUGAACUUGGUUGUGGGGCUUUUGUUAUUUGUGGUGUUUACAUUGUAUCUUAAAGAUGCAAUAUCCAAGUCCUUCAAGGGAGAAUCCAAGAGAUCAGCAGAGCUGUAAUGAUUUUUUGGCAUAUAUAUACAUAUAUAUAUAUAUAUAUAUAUAUAUGUGUGUGUGUGUGUAUAUAUAUAUAUAUAUAUGUACUUACAUGCCACACUAAUGCAUGGCAUUCUACAAGCAUCUUCAAUUAAGUAGAUGAUGAUGAUGAAGAAGAAGUUGAAUAAAAGGUUGGAAAGUACUAAUGUAGGUUAAUUAUAUGUAUACUCUCCAGUUGAUUCUUGAACGAAAUAAAAAUCUUUAUACAUGUAAUCGCUGUUUCUUAAUUUGUGUAAUAUAAAGGAAUUUAAUGACUUGGAAUUUGACUUUUCAAUGCAA